CAGCUCCAGGUACUACAGCAGCUCCUGGUAUGACAGCAUCUCCAAGUUCUACAGCAGAUUCUGGUACUACAGUGGCUCCAGAAAGUACAGUGGCUCCUGGUACUACAGCGGCUCCAAUUGCAACUCCAGGUCCUACAGCCGCUCAAGGUACUACAGCAGAUCCUGGUACAACAGUAGCUGCUGGUACUACAGUGGCCCCAGGAAGUACAGUGGCUCCUGGUACUACAGCUGCUCAAGAAACCACAGAUGCUUCUGGUACUACAUUAACUCCAAUAACAGCUCCAGGUACUACAGCGACUCCAACAACAGGUCCAGGUACUACAGCAGCUCCUGGUACUACAGCAUCUCCAGCUCCAGGUACUACAGCGACUCCAACAGCAACUCCAGAUGCUUCAGCAGCUGCGGGUACUACAACAUCACCAGGUACUACAACAGAUCCUAUUACAACAGCAGCUCCUGGUACCUCAGUGGCCCCAGAAAUUACAGUGGUUCCUGGAACUACAUCACCUCCAACAACAGCUGCAGAUACUACAGCGAUUCCUACAAUAGUUCCAGGUAAUACAGCAGCUUCUGGUACGACAGCAUCUCCAGGUACUACAGCAGAGUCUGGUACUGCAGUGGCCCCUGGAAGUACAGUGGCUCUUGGCACUACAGCAGCUCCAGACAUUACAGUGGCGUCUGCAACUACAUUAACUCCAACAGCAGCUGCAGAUACUACAGCGACUCCAACAAUCGUUCCAGGUACUACAACAGUCUGGUUACAGCAGACUCGAUCCAAACAGUCAGGUACACAGCAGCCUGUAUACAGAUUCAGGUAUACAGCAGACUCUGGUACCACAGUGGCCCCAGAAAGUACAGUUGUCCCUGGUACUACAUUAACUCCAACAACAGCUCCAGGUACUACAGCGACUCCAACAACAGGUCCAGGUACUUCAGCAGCUGCGGGUACUACAACAUCUCCAGGUACUACAACAGAUCCUAUUACAACAGCAGCUCCUGGUACCACAGUGGCCCCAGAAAUUACAGUGGUUCCUGGAACUACAUCACCUCCAACAACAGCUGCAGAUACUACAGCGAUUCCAACAAUAGUUCCAGGUAAUACAGCAGCUCCUGGUACGACAGCAUCUCCAGGUACUACAGCGGAGUCUGGUACUACAGUGGCCCCAGGAAGUACAGUGGCUCUUGGCACUACAGCAGCUCCAGAAAUUACAGUGGCGCCUGCAACUACAUUAACUCCAACAACAGCUGCAGAUACUACAGCGACUCCAACAAUAGUUCCAGGUACUACAACAGCUCCUGGUACUACAGCAGACUCUGGUACUACAGUGGCCCCAGGAAGUACAGUGGCUCCUGGUACUACAGCGGCUCCAGAAACUACAGUGGCUCCUGGUACUACAUUAGCUCCAACAACAGCUCCAGGUACUACAGCGACUCCAACAUCAGUUCAAGUUACUUCAGCAGCUCCAGUUACGACAGCAGCUCCUGGUUCUACAGCAGCUUCUAGUACUACAGCGACUCCAACAACAGUUCCAGGUACUACAGCAGCUCCUGGUACUACAGCAUCUCCAGGUACUACAGCAGACUCUGGUACUACAGUUGCCCCAGGAAGUACAGUGGCUCCUGAUACCACAGCGGCCCCAGGAAGUACAGUGGCUCCUGAUACCACAGCGGCACCAGAAACUAUAGUGACUCCUGGUACAACAGCAGCUCCUGGUUCUACAGCAGCUUCUAGUACUACAGCAACUCCAACAACAGGUCCAGGUACUACAGCAGCUUCUGGUACUACAGCAUCUCCAGGUACUACAGCAGACUCUGGUACUACAGUGGCCCCAGGAAGUACAGUGGCUCCUGUUACUACAGCGUCUCCAGAAACUACAGUCACUGGUGGUUCUACAGUGGUUCUUGAGACGACAGUUCCUCUAGGUACUUCAGGAGCUCCAGCUACUACAUCAGAUCCUGGUUCAACAGCAGCUCCUGGUACUACAACGACUCCAGCUUGGCAGCUCGCCGUGGUGAUCGUCAGCUCUGUGCUCGCUGCAAUUCUGCUCAUAGCCCUCUUUCUUCUAAUGUCAGUCACUUGCAAGUUGUCAAAGAAAAUGUCGAAUACAAACACUACUGGAUUCCUCGGAAAGCCCUACGGCCACUCAGUCAACAGUCAAGCUUCAGUCUCGAAUAAGUGGUCACUAACUGGCUUGGCACCUUAUACCCAGGAUGGGGUAUUUAGACUUCCACGAGCAAAGGUCAACAACAGCUGGAACAGCAACACCAGCUUGGAGAUGAGUGAAAGCAACAGUUGGCAAAACCUUGUCCCUGCAGGGAGGAACUAGGCAGCAGCUGAACGACAACCAUGCUGGCAGUAACACAUCAACUCAGGCUUGAUCCCAGAACAACCCCAAUGAUCAGAACGGGGGCCACAACAACCCUUACUACAUGCGAGACAAUGGAAAUUAACUUCUCAAAGACUCAAAGCGAUCUUGUCUUUUGCUGAAAACCUUCAAUGAAAUUUGCGUUUUCCACCUUGCCCCAUCCUGGUACUGUCCACUAAUUUUGGAGUCAACAGUUGUUUAUUUGCACUAAAAACUUUUAUUUAUUAAUUUACCAGUCACUGUUUUUUUGUUUGUUUGCUUGUUUUUUUGCAUAAAAAGUUGUUCUUCAGAUAAAUUUUACAAUGUUUUAAUCUGUCAAUUGGGGUUUGUCAGGUUGGCACAUCAAAGAUACUGUAUUUACAGCAUUUAUAUGGUGUUGUAUAUGUUUAAUGACGCAUUAAAGUGAUGAGUGAAAAACAGAUUUAAUUUUCCCACACAGAGGAUUUACUUCAUAAAAAUGGUUGCAGGUGCACACUAAAAGAUCUUCUACAUAGACAAAAGCAAUAGUCAAAUCAUCUUGCUAUUUUUUGUGUUUUAAAUAUAUUUGACUUCCUCAUGGGGAAUACAUAAUUUUUCUUUUUAUAAAUAUGAAUAUUCAUCCAUCUAUAUGAACAGAUACAUUUAUCUGUAUCCAUUUCUAUUGUUGUCAAUGACUACUUAUGAAUUAAUCUGUGCAAUCAGUGGUCAGUUACUCACCAUAGCUAGAGAGUUAGAAAUGGAUCAAUGUGACCCUUUUACAAAGAGUCCACAGAGCAUAAUUUUCUAUUUAUUUCUAUUUAUUAAGUCUUUCAUAAUUUCUGGGUUGUUGUUUUCUCUUUUUAUGAAAUACUUUAUUUUCAUAUAACAGCAGAUUCUGUUUAAAAAUAAAUAAAUGAACUCUUUGAUUUCGGUCCACUGGCAUAAUUUGUAUUUUUGGAGCUGGUCCCCAAAGCAUGCUGAAGUUAUAGCUAUAUAAUGCAUAUGCUGUAGGUUGGGAAUGAACUGUUGCAGGCAUUUGCUACAGCUGUCUUCAGCUGAAAGUAAAAUACAUGCUUGACUGGGUUAAGAAUAUUCAGAAACUGCCAUGGUUUAUGUCUGUCUUUUAUUUUGUGAUCACAUUUUGUGUCUCCUUAUGGUUCGUCAUUUCUGUCUGUGUCAUGUCUUGUGUUUUCUGUUUUAUUUUGUUAAGUUCUGGAUUUCCUGUCUUAUGCUUCCUUGUCCCUUGAUUGAUCAGUUGUCACGUCGUUGAUGUUAUCCCCUUGUCUCCAUGUUCCUUGUUACCAUGUUGUCAUGCCAAGUCAUGUCAAGUCAUGAUUCUUUUGGAUUUUAGAUUUUCCUGCCUGCCUUGCUUGCAGUGGCUUUUGUUUGAUUUCAUUAAAUACCUUUUUUGUAUUUGUUGGAACUCCCUGCCUCUUCAAUCAGUCCUUCAUCUGGGUCCUCACCUCAACAACUCUCUCCUACCUGAUAAAAACUCCCUGCUCACUUCCUUUGUUUUCUAUGUAUAAAAAGCUCCUUCUUCUGGUGAACCAAUCUGUAUCUGCUCUUGUGAUAUCUUCCCUUUAUAGAAGACUUUGAUGCUGAAAUGCCUGCCUCAAAGAGAGUGUUCCUCACUUGAAUGGAAGUAAAUAUGCAAUAAAUAUUUCAGCUGCAUAUCCUG